GAAAAAGCCAGUGGGAGGAGCAUUUGGGCAGACAUCUUCCUUUCUGAAUUCUGCACAUAUCCAUGGCUUGCAUAACUAAUUCUAUCUUCCCAAAACGCAACAGGAUCCCUCUUAGUAUGUUUGAUUGGCUGAAGGGCAGGAGAGCAGAGCAGAGACAGUCGCAGAAGUACCAUGACAUUGAUCUUCCAUUCUCUCUAUCACUAGUAGCUAAGACACACCUUCGAGGUAGGGAGCUGAAAUGCUGCUAUAGGGCCUCUGUUGAUGGCUUCAGUGCAACUGACUUUCACAGCUGUUGUGACUUCAAAGGCCCUUGUGUGGUGAUAGGCUACACCACAAAGUCCUUCAAGUUUGGAGCAUUCAAUCCUGAAGGAUACAGGAGCACUGAUGAUUACUAUGACACUUUUGAUGCAUUCCUAUUCUACUGGAAGGAGGCAGCUGGUGCAGGAGGUGCUGAUGAGCCUAUCAUACUUCCCAAGGUCGGUGGCAGCGGCGCGGCGCUCUUCGACUACGCUCGGGGUGGGCCGCAGUUUGGAGCUGAUGGCCUCCUCGUCGGCCCCCCGCUUGCGCCGGUGAUGGGAGGUUUUGCGGGGCCUGACACCAACUCCGGCAUAGGUGACCUUAGGCAGGCCAAGUCUAGGCUGGGACUGUCCUAUGCUAAGAGGGAAGAUGGCAAGGAAUCUCUGUUUGGGGAUAAGUCCAGAGCAACUCUGGUGGAAGUGCAGGUCUUUUGUAGCCCCCAGAUAGCAAGCUUGUACUGAGAAGAAAUGGAGGAAUCAGUUCAGCUUCCCAUAGCCAUGAUGCUAAGUUGAUCAGAUCAGAUGUGAAAGAAGAUCAAAUUUGGCAGAUAAGAUAUAGUCUAAUGAUGCUAAGUUGAUCAGAUGUGCAGGUUUUGCUGUAAGACCUGCUUUAGGCCUAAAAGCCUGGACUGUUAUUUCUCAGCUUUCAAACAUGGUGAUGAGAGAGUCUUAAGGUUACUUUCCUCUAAUAAAAGAGCUUCACUUAUUGUUUCAUACAAAUGCUAAAGUAAGGCCAAAGUCGAGGAGUUGAGUAUGAUAAAUGAUUUGUCAAUGCUAUUUUUCCAAUGUAUAUAUACUACUAUAGUUGCAUGUUUCCUUUAGCCAUUCUUGAAAUACAUGUUACAGUUUACUUCGA